AAGACACAAAACGCUGCAGGAGGAUUGGCUGCUGUGAACUUUUUUUUUUCCAUUGGCUGCACCCUCAUCUCCACUUUCAAUUUCAUAGUUAAGGCUCCGCAGAGAAGAGCUUGCGAUUGGUAUAAUCGGAAGAAGAAUCCACCAAUUACACAAAAGCUUCCACAAACAGCAAAAGGGACGUGACACACCUUCUUAGGUCUCCUGCUUCCCCUCCCCAUGGCUCCCGCCUUCCACUUAUUCAUACCAGAAGCGCCUCAGCUCUCAUUGGCCAGUGCGUGGUGACCUUUUGACCAAUCACAAAUCAGACUGAGCUCCUACACUACCCAGACAGCGAAUCGUGGAGAGACCUUUGCUACGAUUGGUCCCUCCAUGAUAAGGUUUUAAUUUUGAAUCUUUCUUUAAGGAGAAGGAGAGGCCACUACCCGGACUCCAUCUGAUCCCGGCUUCUUAGACUUAAAUCAUGCCUAAGUUCAAGCAACGAAGAAGAAAGCUAAAAGCCAAAGCAAAAAGAUUAUUCAAAAAAAGAGAAGCCUCUCACUUUCAGCCCAAGCUAAUCACACCUCCUCCGCCGCCACCCUCACCAGAAAGAGUGGUUAUUCCUUCAGCAGAUACUUCCCUUAGCAGAAGUUGGCUAAGACCAUCCUGGAACUUUAGACUUCCUAAUAUCAAAGAUACCGUAAAACUUUGGACAAAUAGAGUGUGGUCUAUAUACAAUUGGUGCCAGAACUGCAUGGCCCAGAGUUUAGAAGUAUUGAAAGACACCAUCUUUCCAUCCCAUUUCUGCCGCCGAGAACUCCACAGUCUAAAACAACGGUUUUGCAUUUUGGAAAGUGAAUUACGCAAGCUCCAGGAAACACUGAAGACAGUCUUGGAAAAUUCUUCCUGCCCAAACUGUGGUCGAACCUGUCACAUAAGUGGUAAACUCACAAAUGUGCCCACCCGCGUGCUCAGCACCCCUGGAGAAUCUCGAGCAGUACUUCCUCCCACACUGCCACAGCCAGCCGCCCACCCUCCGGCUCUUCUUCCUCCGCCGCCCCCGCCCCCUCCACCUCCUCCUCUGCCUCCACCUCCGCCGCCCACAGCACCUGUGCUGCUCAGAAAAUCUGAUCGCACUAAAGCCCUGCAGGCUGGGCCAUUAAAAAGAGAUGGACCCAUGCAGAUAACAGUUAAAGAUCUACUGACUGUGAAGUUAAAGAAGACACAGUGUUUUGAUGAAAGGAAGAAGCUUAUACCGUCACCAAAGGCACAGAAUCCACUAGUUACUGUCUCUGACCUGCAGCGUGUCACCCUGAAGCCCAACUCCAAAGUACUAUCAACUCGAGUUACAAAUGUCUUGAUUACCCCUGGUAAAAGCCAGAUAGACCUGCGGAAACUACUUAGAAAAGUUGAUGUAGAGAGAAGCCCAGGUGGAACCCCACUUACCAAUAAAGAAAACAUGGACACAGGAUCUGGGCUGACUCCAGUAAUGACUCGGGCCUUGAGGAGAAAGUUUCAGAUGGCUCACCCUAGAAGCCCAACUCAAACUCUGCCACUUUCUACAAGCAGCUUUGAUGAACAAAACUGAUGCUAACUCUGCCUGAUGCCACAUGAUGAUCCAUAAAACAUACAGAUAAAAUCACCCCAAUCCUUUUUUUUUAAUGUAGUAGAGUAUAUAUAUAAAUAAUUAUACUAAUAUAUAAUUCCAUGUGAAGAAUUAAAGUAUGUACACAGCCCCAUACAUACUGUGAUAUAAAGUGAGUAUUUGGGUAUUUUUUUAGUUUGCAUGAUCAAUAAGAGAGCAGAUGGGAAAAUGCAGUCCCUAAAGUGAUGUUUAUCUGGGAAUUACCCAAUUUAGGUUGGAGAGGUUGUUCAAAUUUAACUAGAUAACAAGUUUAUACUCAAUAGGUACAGUUUUGACGUUAAGAAAAUAACCUGAUUCCUUAAAAAAUAAAAUGAAAUAACCCAGUUCCCAUUCUUCUUGCAUAUUCUCAGGUAAUUAAAAAGAAAAGUAUUUCAGCCUAUAAAGCUAAUGCAUUCUUCAGUAGGCGCUACAGACUUGAUCAGUAAAAAAAGAUCCUCUAGAUUUGAUUUCUGUUUACUGUAAAGUUAGGAGGUAAGACUGUCCCCCACACCAACCCAAUUAUUUUCCAAAUGGAUUUGAAGCAAAAUAUCCAAUAUAACCUUAAAAAUGAGAAUGUACCAUUUCUAGCAGCUAGAAAGGAUCUUUAGGUAGUCAUAUCUAGAUCGCUGAAGUCUGAGAUAUUCCUUUCUUUGACAUUUUCUAUCCACAUUCAUGAAGCUAAUUAUAAGUUUUAUGAGGAUCUCAACAUGAAUCGUGUAUUUUCCAGAGUGGCCUGCCAAAGAUUAUCUGAAGUCCAUAGCAGAUCUCCUGUGAGACCUAAUUCCUGUUCUCAACUGCCUGUAUCUUCGGUAACAGUAAUAAUACAAACCUCACUGGAUUUUUGUUCUCUCCUGACACUCCAGGGUAGCCAGAUUUGGCAAUUGUAAAUAUACGACAGCCAAAUUUGAAUUAAAAAACAAAAAACUUUUAAAUAUAAAUACAUCCUAUUAAACAAUGGGUAGGGGAUUUUUUUGUUGUUGUUGUUUUAGUAUGUCCCAAAUAUUACAUGGGAG